AUGAUGACUCCAGAUAAGGAUACCUUUCUUUAUUUUGCUUAUGGCAGUAAUUUAUUGAAAAGAAGAAUUCACAUUAAUAAUUCUUCUGCAGUCUUUGUAGGAAUUGGAAGACUUGAUGAGCACCAACUUGAUUUUAUAAAGUAUUCAGACCAUUGGAGAGGAGCAUCAGCUACUAUUGUUCCAACCAAAGGUUGUCAUGUAUGGGGAGCUAUUUGGAGAUUACAUAAUAAUGACCUAAAAUCACUGGAUAGGCAAGAAGGAGUGGAUACAAAUUGGUACUUUCCAAAAAUGAUCAAUGUUAUAACUCCUAGUGGUACAAAUUUGGAAUGCCGCACAUACCAGCAAACUAGCAAUCCACCCCCUCGGACGGAAGAUGAGGAAAUACCUCACGAUCGGAGGCCAUCCAUCACAUACUUAGAGUGCAUACUUAAUGGUGCUAGUGAAUGUAAACUACCAGAAGACUAUAUUGAAAAAUUAAAGAAAAUUCCGCAUAAUGGACAAAAGGCAUCUCCAAAAAUGAUAGAAAAACUAAAAUUAUCAAGCCAUGAUUGA